AUGCCCAACAGCAGCUCUGUGAGUGAGUUCCUCCUGCUGGCAUUCGCAGACACGCGCGAGCUGCAGCUCCUGCACUUCGGGCUCUUCCUGGGCAUCUACCUGGCUGCCCUCCUGGGCAACGGCCUCAUCCUCACCGCCGUAGCCUGCCACCACCGCCUCCACACCCCCAUGUACUUCUUCCUCCUCAACCUCGCCCUCCUUGACCUGGGAUCCAUCUCCACCAUUCUCCCCAAAGCCAUGGCCAACUCCCUCUGGGACACCAGAGCCAUCUCCUAUGAAGGGUGUGCUGCACAGGUCUUCUUUUUAGUCUUCUUUGUUGGAGCAGAGUAUUCCCUUCUCACUGUCAUGGCCUAUGACCGCUACGUUGCCAUCUGCAAGCCCUUGCACUACAGGAGCCUCCUGGGCAGCAGAGCUUGUGCCAAGAUGGCAGCAGCUGCCUGGGGCAGUGGCUUUCUCAAUGCCGUCCUGCACACAGCCAAUACAUUUUCUCUGCCCCUCUGCCAUGGCAAUGUCCUUGAACAGUUCUUCUGUGAAAUCCCCCACAUCCUCAAGCUCUCCUGCUCAGAUGCUUACCUCAGGGAAGGUCAACUUCUCAUGUUUAGUGCCUGUUUAACUAUUGUGUUUUUUGUUUUUAUAGUUUUCUCAUAUGUGCAGAUCUUCAGGGCAGUGCUGGGGAUGCCCUCUGAGCAGGGCCGGCAGAAAACUUUUUCCAUGUGCCUCCCUCACCUUGCCGUGGUCUCCCUGUUUGUCAGCACCAUCAUGUUUACCCACCUGAAGCCCCUCUCCAUCUCCUCCUUAUCCCUGGACCUGGUGGUGUCAUUUCUGUACUUGGUGGUGCCCCCAGCAGUGAACCCCCUCAUCUACAGCAUGAGAAACCGGGAGCUCAAGGAUGCCUUGAGGAAAAUGAUGCAUUGUUGUGUUUCAGAAUCAAGAAAUUGCCCUUCGUCUUCUGCAUAUGACUGA